CGCUGAUUUUCGGCGUCUCAGGUAGGAUUUUCCCUGCCUGGAAAAUCGGCUUCGCUUUCCCGGUGUGAAAAUUCUCGUUUUGCGGCGAAUUUCGGGUUUUCCAGCCGGCGCGCUGCCAACCGCCGCUGUCUCGAACGCGAAAUGUCCCCAAAAUCCACUUGUCAUUGCUCAGUGAAUUACAAAUGGCAGACACAAUGGCCGCUAGCAGUGGCGGAGUGGAGUGGUCUUCGGUGUUAAAACCAUUUUUAUCUUUGCAUUAUGAGACUUCAAACCGCACGGAAAUAAUCGAACUGUGCUCUACAAUUAUCAAAUGCGAGGCUGAAAUACUACGCCACAAAGAGAAUAACAAGAAGUUCUAUGACAACUUUGUUGUCUUGUCAGCGGAUUAUAUCAGUUCUUGUACUAGCAAAUUGCCUGUGAGCCAGAUAGACACUGUGAGUGCGGCAUGCCGGGUGUUGCUCAAGUAUUUAAUCAAUUGCCUUCAGUCCCAUGCUAGUGAUUCAAACCAGAACAGUGCUCAAAUCGAGAUUUACUUAAAUGCAGUGAAAGUGUUGUGUAUAGGAACUAGUCCGUUAUCGACAGCCGAAGUCUCAGUUCUGGUCAACACUAUGAAAGGAGAAAAUCUACCUCAGCACACCAACACGACACCUCCAGGUGCUGAAAAAGAUGCACCAAAUAAGCAAGAAUCCCCAAAGACGCGGACCGAUCUCUCGAUGGACAUCUUCGAGCAACUAACUCUACCGCUACGCGAUGGUCACACCACAACGUCGGACCACAGCGUGUCUGCUGUAUCGACCGCGACUGAAGUCCCUUCCGGCAGCGAUCCCACUUCUGAAAUAAACAAACUCUUUUUAAAAACAAACACCGAAAGCUUGCAAGCUUUACGAGCCGGCGACACCCUCGUCGAGCUGUGCCUGAGUUUGCAAUCGAUAAAGAAAGCGCGUACCAAAGUAGAAGAGGCUCUAGCGGGGAAACCGUUCAGCAUCCCCACUAACCAAUCAGAAGCUGCGGUUUUAAAGAACAGUGUUUCGACUAACAUCUCCGAAAUCAAGUUGGCCCUCUCCGCCAUCAAUCUGCCCGUUCUUGAACCGCUCACACCCAGCAAACUAGAUAAGUUAUCCACGUUGAGUAUGGCUGUGUUACACUGCGCUGUGAGUCAAGCCGCCGCCAGCGCCAUCUUGGCGGCGGCGGCUGUCAUUUCUCCGAAAUGUUCAGCCCAGCAGUCGCAAACCGGGAUCAAAGAAGACGAUUUUGAGACCCAAGCUGUGACUCUCGUAGAAGAAGCUUUAAACAUGUAUUGUUAUAUAGGGGGCGUUAUUAGAAAUUCGACGCGAGCGGGGGGUUACGUGUAUCAAAACCACCUGCUGGCCGGUGCCUGGGUACUCGUGUCCGGCUUACAAGCACACUUAACUGUGAGCACUGCGGCCGAAAAAAGUACUCACAUUAGGGAUAGGGAAGACAAGGGGAGGAGUCCGUGCAAGUCACGUGACUGCAGUUCGGCUCGAUCGGGACUGCAGAAAUUCCAGCAGUCGUUCGGGGUUUUGUCGGUCGCCAUAGCAACCAAAGCACUCUCGUUGUUGACCGAGCUUUUCGAAGAUCUCCAUCUGGAGGCCUGUGCAGGCUCGGGAAGCAUCGGACAGAUUGAACCCGCCCCGUUGGCCAUAAUGGGCCAAUUCACGGCUUUGCAACGAGCGGCGCGCGUUUUAGGCGCCGCCCCUUUGAACAACUUCCUUUUUUAUCUUGCCAUCGUCAGUUACGGGAAGGCGUGUGCCUUGAAGCGGUUGGACCCGCCCGAGGGGGACACGUUCAGCCAAUCGGAUUCGACUACGUAUUACGAGGACAUGAUUUUGGUAUCGGAUGAGAGCUCGAUCGAUGACGACGACGACAGCGAGCCCAUCCUCGGCCAGUGGUUCGAAGAAACCCUCGCCCCUCCGGAAACCACCGAAUCAAAAACCCCCUCGACUUCGGAGAACGUCGAAUCUAAGUCGGCCCCGGCCGAAGGUUCGUCGAUCGUCCCUGAAAAGGGGGAAGCCCACGGCUACAUCACCCUAGCCACCAACAUCUUCAUCUUCCUUAACAAGCACUUCCUGUGCACGAAAAGCGCCUACGUCGCGCGUUACGUCAAGAACGGCUUGACGGAACAACAGAUGAUCAUCCUGGCGGCGAUCAUCCGCGAUCUCGAUCGGGAGACCUCGCGGACCGAGGUGGGGGCGAUCUCGGCUUACUUCGGCGCCACCUUGGGCCAAUUGUAUUGUGAUUUUUCGGGGGCGUUGACCAAAUUCACGCACAAUCUGGUCACUAAUAACAACCUGAAUUCGUUGCAAGCGUGUUUGUUAAACCAUCUCGGGGUUUCCCCGUGGAAUACGGACGUCCCGCACGGGUGGCCUCUGCAGGUUUACCCUAGAACGUUGAGUGUGUUGGCUCAGGUGUUGUUGUUAAGGCCCCAGAAUGAGAAAGAGGCGUCUGUGAUCAGUAUUUGGCAUAGGUUGGUUAAUACGUUGAUUGAAAACGUGUUGAAUACGUCGCAAGGACCGACGGAUGAAGAUUUAAAUGUGGAGCAUGCGCAGGUGUUGUUGUAUUUGUUCCAUUCCUUGAACUUGAUGCAGAAAAAAUCGGUACUUUUGUUGUUGGCUGGGGGGCUGCUGAGGUGCUCGGAAGUAGCAAGAGGGUCUUUAAAAGACUCACAGUUGUUGCAUCUGUCGCGUCUACUUCUAUUGUUCGACUACAUCAUGAAACACCUAUAUGACGCCCCGUCGUCCCUUUUAGAGCAAAUCCAGUGGAAUUUAUUCUACUCCACCAAUCUUAACACAGACAAAGAAAAAGAAAACGUUAAUCGAAAAUACACAGCGUGGCAAGAUAUAGAAGAUAAUUAUCGGAAAGUGUCUACCAUGAGCGAAUUUUCCAUGAAACCACGCUUCUACGUCCUCACUUCGCUCGAAAUCAACAACCAAGACGCCCCAAAGCUGGACGGUUUAGCGUGCAAUUUCAUACUAGGGACACCCGAUAAACUGCGGUAUCCACUCCUGCUAGACGCUCUAAUCGAGAUCCUCAAUGUCACUCACAUCACGUCGGGCCCCACCGCCUCCAAAAUGAGUUUUCUCGGACUUUGCUCCACCCAAUACUGUUUCACAAUUUGCUGGAGACUACUCCAGCUCCUCCCACCGUCGGUGUCCUACAUGGAGAGGUUGGCGUCCGUCGAGAGUCUGACCCCGGGCCCGCUCAUGCUCCAUUCGCUGAUUUGGGGGCCGCGGACCGCCCAUAAGAACUUCAGUCGCUGGCUGAAGGAUUGUCUAGUCAAGCAAGGGUUGUAUACUCAGAAUACCGAUAAACUGUUGAAGGCUGUGUCCGAUAGCAUUAAUAAUUUGAAGAAUGAUGUGAAUAAUGCGAAGAGUUGUAUUAUUGCGUUGACGCCGGAGGUGAAGAAGGAGGUGGUGCUUAAGGAGCAUUUGCCGCCGUUGUGGCAUUUGUGUCUGUUGGAUUGUUUGCUGGCGAAGGUGGGGGUGGGGCUGGAGGAGGCGGAAGGGUCGGAGGGCGGGGCGGAGCCGACGUCGACGUAUGUUCAGGAUUUGUUCCCGCAUGUUUUGAAGCUGACGCAGGCGAUUCUGCAUUGCGCGAGGUGGUCCCUGCUGCAUACAAUCGUCGAACAAGGCGAAGGCGGAGUCACCAAAAGCACCGAACACAACUACGACAGCUUACAGGACGUACUAUCAAUAGCAUCAAACCGCAACCCUUUAACCAACACCCUCUCAUCCGAACUCAUCUCGCUCCUACCACCGACUGUAACCACCGUCCAACAACAAUGGAACAACUCAACCCUAGAAGACUUCUCAUCGUCCGCCUACCAAAACGACAUAAUCCCUUCAGAAAGCUACAUCCUAAAAAUCGUCGACACUCACAUCUCCACACUAUCAAUGAACAGCCCUUUCACCAUCAACCUAUCUCUGCGUCGCUUCCUUCAAAGCUAUGUCAAAUUCAUCUGUGACCACGCCCCGAAAAUAGAGAACACCGACACGAAAAACAAAGCGAUAGAGAUGUUGGUGAGCAUCACGCUGGAUUUGAGGACCGAAUACUUGCACGAUGCUGUGUCGAAGACGCUCGACAAGAUGAUCGGGGAUACGGAAACCGACGAACACCAGAAACGAGUCUACUUGCAAGUGCUACAUCAUACGUAUCGUUUGAUUAUUAAUCACACCGCUGACACCGAUUCGAGUUUGAACGAACAAGUCCUCCACAAUUGUCUCAAGUUUUACGAGAAGAUUAUAGAAAAGUCGUCGGGGAGACAAGCUUUGGAGAGCUUCUUCACGAGCGAUAAAGACUUGGUGAAGGUUUUGAUGAGUGUGUCGAGUCCGCAAAUGUCGCAACAGUACAGCACUAGAGUGUUGCAAUUUUUCAACAAACUAUUUCAAGCGGCGGAGAAGAGCUCGACCGACCCGAGUUUGAACUAUCUUUGUAGUAGUAUGAAUAAGUUGGCUAAUGUUGAGUUAAGUAAGCUCCAGACGUGGCUGAGGCAAAUUAUCAUCGGUUCGAGUAAGCCGCCGGCGGCUACUACGGUCACGAUCACCAAAGGCCAGAGUUCGAAGGACAGCAAGUGGAAGAUAACGCAAGUGAGUGAGGCGCCGUCCGAAGAACAGAGGUCGCUGAUCCAAGAAAACAGUCAACUACUACAAGCUUUGACUUCGUUCAUUGUUAAACAGAAUAGUAAUGUGUGUGAGGACGUCGCUUUGACUAUUUUAAAAGCGCUGAUUCCUUUGGGGUCGCAUAUUUUGACACCCACGAUCGAAGGUGUGGGGUUCACCGACUUGAUGGUGGUCAUGACGAUGUUGGCGGACGCCGGCAGCGGCAAAGGUCACACUUGUCUGUUCCCGGCCACCUCCGACUGGGUGGAGUUGUGCAACAAGUACGUAUCCCAGAAAGAAAUCCAGGUGGAAAGUGUGAAAACUAGUGUCAUGUUGGACGCGGCUUGCUGUAUCUUGGACUAUAUUAGUGACGUGGUCAACGGAAUCGUCAACCAGAACGCGGGUACCAGUUUUCGUCCGCUGAGUCCACCAUGGGAAGGGGAAACCCCGCUCGACUUAGACUCGGAGUGGCAAGAAGACAACAACGACGAGGAAGAUAGUGGCGAGGACUCAGACGAAGACUCACUCAGUAACAAGUUGUGUACUUUCACGAUAACUCAGAAGGAGUUCAUGAACCAGCACUGGUACCACUGUCACACGUGUCGCAUGCUGGAUGGAGUCGGAGUCUGUUCGGUCUGCGCAAGGGUAUGUCAUAAAGGUCACGAUUUGAGCUACGCCAAAUACGGGAACUUUUUUUGCGAUUGUGGUGCGAAGGAGGAUAGUUCGUGUCAAGCGCUCGUGAAGAGGUCCCAAACCACCGACAGUCAAGUACCACCUCAGACGGAAUCCACCACGAACUUCUCCUCGGACCAACUAACAAGUUCGUUGCGCAGACGCGCCUCAAGUCCAGUCCUCGACAAACUCAAGUACCGCGAACGCAAACACGUGAACGUCAAGCAACUCCAAGGGAGCAAAGACUGGAUUGUCACCUACUUGAGUAGUAGUACCGUCACGCGAAACUUGAUUGACUUGGUUAACUCGUUGAUGGGUUCAGUGGAAGUGACGUGCGGGCAGAACUCGCCUGUUGGUUGUUACUCGCGGGCGAUGCAGGCGCUACAGGCGUUACACUCAGGUGAAAAGAAGUACCUCCACACUGACCAACUCAUGUUAGGGACGGUGGGUUCGCAAGAGGGCGCUUUUGAAAACGUGAGAAUGAGCUACGCGGGUGAACAGGGUCAGACCAUCAGACAACUACUGUCAGCCCAUAUAAUCAGACGCGUCGCCAUGUGUUGCAUGACGUCGACUCACGGGCGUCGCCAACACCUCGCCGUGUCACACGAGAAAGGCAAAAUCACGGUACUUCAACUCAGCGCAUUGCUCAAGCAAAACGAUUCGUCCACCCGAAAACUAACCCUGUCAAAAUUGGGGUCAGCACCGAUCCCGUUCACUGUAUUAUCACUAUCGAGCAACUUGUGUAACGAAGAUUUUCUCGCAGUGUGUGGACUAAAAGACUGCCACGUAUUGACGUUUACAUCCAGCGGGUCGGUCUCCGAUCACUUAGUUUUACACCCGCAGUUGGAAACGGGGAAUUUUAUCAUCAAAGCGGUAUGGUUACCCGGCUCACAAACCCAAUUGGCUUUAGUGACCGCCGACUUCGUCAAAAUCUACGACCUAGGUAAAGAUGCGCUAAGUCCCCAGUACUACUUUUUAGUACCCAGUGGCAAAAUCCGCGACUGUACUUUCAUGUACGAGGACGGGACUUACCACAUUUUGUUAAUGUCGUCGCCGGGUCACAUCUACACCGAGGUCCUCAAUGAGGACAGUUCCGCCAAACAUGGGUCCUUUUACGUCACGAACACCCUCGAAGUGUUCCAUUUGGACGUCACCGAUGUUAACGGCCAAGUGGCCGGUGGGGGUGUCAGUAUCUACUAUUCACACACACUAGGGCUACUAUUCUACAGUUACGUCCAAGGUAGAAGCUUCAUUUCACCCAUAACCCCCAAGAAUAAUUGUCUGACCAUGGUAUUCCCCAUCACUUUACCCACCACCACGUCGAGUACUAAAAGUAACGGAUCACGUAACGCCACCGCCCAGCCUUUAUGUCAAUGGACCGAAAUCCCGAAUCACCCGGGUCUCGUCUGCUGCGCUAUGCAAUCCAGCAACAACCCGGUGAUCCUCAUGAUCAAACCCGACGCGAUUCUCAUCCAAGAAGUGAAGACGGUACCACCCAAAACCAAGAUCAUGGACAUGGUAGCUAUAAGACACUACUCGGGUAACGAACUGCGGACUACCUUGAUGCUCCUAUGUGAAGACGGCAGUCUUAAAAUGAGCAUCGCGAACAUGGACCAAACCGGGUUCUGGAUGUCGCCGACGAUCCAGCCCACCAUUACCAGUACCACUUUAAAACCGAAGAAGAAAAAGGUGGUCAAGUCGGGGAAAAGUACCGGCUCGGUGACCUUCCCGGUGGACUUUUUUGAGCAUUGUUCAGCCAUGAACGACGUCGAAAUCGGGGGGAAUGAUCUUCUCCAAAUCUAUAACGUAGCGCAGCUCAAGCAUCGUCUGAACGCCACUGGGUUGUACGUCGCGUGUAAUAAGCCACUAGGGUUCACGGUUGAAGUGUCCAACCCGGACUCGAACCUGGUGAUGGUAGGAAUUCGGGUGUUAGUCGGGAGUCAGGAUGUCCAAAAAGCGCCGUCUUUCGUGGAGGUGUUCGGGAGGAUUAUUACCUUGACUGUGACCAGAGGGCGCUGGUACGAUAUCCCGUUUUCAAGAGAGGAAAGUCUGCAAGCCGACAAGAAGCUCACCAUCAUGUUCGGGCCUUCUCAAGACCCAGAGACCCUCACCAUGGUGGAUAGUAUUAAAGUGUACGGCAAAACCAAGGACGCUUUCGGAUGGCCUGAAGAAACUGAAGAAGCGGUUAAUACGGGGAGUGGUCCUAAUACCCAGGCGUUGAAUACGGUGACCACUGACCAGGAGACGCAACAGACGAACGUCACCCCGCUUACUAAACUCGAAAAGGUCGUCGUUGGCAUUUUGGAAGCUCUAGACGGCGCCUUCUCCCUCUACUCAGUCGAAGACAAAUACAAACAACCCACCUUAAAAAUCGCCACACAACUCCUAACCCUACCCACUCCCCCCCUCAUCCAAAUCCACUCAAAAGCCCUGCUAUCCUCCCUCCACUCCUCUCGCCAACUCUACCACAACUACAAAGACCAAGCCCUCCUCCAACACGUCUUAACCAGCCUGCACGCCAUGACCGACUCCGACACCAAAGAAAUCGACGCCGAAAGCUUCUACCGCCUCAUACUCAUCGUCCGCGGAAUCGCGGUGUCCCGUCCCCAGAACCUGGUAAAAUUCUCCGACUCGCACACCAGCAUUCAAGACAUAGUCCUCGACGACCCUCUCGACCCGAAACCCACCACCUCCAAGCCCCAAAAAUCCCAACACCUCCUGUUAAAACUCAUGGACGUGCUGUGGAUUUUGCACGCGUUGAACCCCGAAAACCCGAACUUGGCACCGGUGGUGGUCCCCGGACUCAAACACACCGAGCAGGUCAUCCACGCGCUCGUGGAAAUCGUGCACGCUUUUAACAGCUGUGAUACCUACAGUAACAUCACUAUGGCCGUCUACCUCCAGUUGUUGUUGUGUAAGGAUCCGGCCAUUGCGUUUAGUGCGAAGCAGGCGCUCAGUAAAGUAUUGAAGCCGAAGGUGAGACGUAGGAGGGUGUUCAUCCCGAGUCCGCCUCAUUGCUCGACCCCACCGGCUAGCUCCAAGAGUGAUAGUGUGGAUAAGCCCCCGGAGGACUCUGGAAGACCGUUUGAAGUGGGGGCUGCCGAAGCCAUCGCGUUGUUGCAGCAACCCAUCCAAGGUAGCGACAACCAUAAUGUGAAUGCGUUGGAAGCGCUACUAGGGGGGGCGGGCGGGUACCAACCCUUGUUGGACAUACCGCCGGAUGCAGACGAUGAGACCAUGGUCGAGUUGGCGAUUGCGUUGAGUUUGCAGGAGCACGACAUCGGCGCAGGAGGCUUACAAGUGCUUAGCAACGAAGAACUGGCGCAAGUGGCUCAAGUGGGGCAAGCGGCGCAGGCGCAGGAAGGCGGACACUUCAGUGACACGACGGCGAGUGCGGCGGGAUCGGACGAUGAAGGAAGUACGGCGGCGACGGACGGGUCGACCCUUAGAACGUCACCGGCGGAGCAAGGGGGGAGUGCCGCGGGUUCCGAGAGUGGGGGCAGUGGUGUGGAGAGUAUCACGGGUGAACAUAACGUGUCUGGUAGAAGUUCGGCGUACGGUGACAAUAUCCCGGAGUCGUUACCAAUCGUGUCGCGCUCGGAUACGAGUUCCGUAGCCAACCCCAAUUUCCAAGGUACCGAAAGUGAUAAUUUACCACCCGAGGUGGACACAGAAACGGACUCCGAGAAUAGUAGCAGGUUGCAUGUGUUGAGGCUACAGUUGUUGGAAAGACUGACCGAGUAUUUACCUAAAUUGAGAAACGUGGAUGGGGUGAGGGCUAUACCUUUUUUGCAAGUCGUGCUUCAGUUGACCAGUGAUCUUGAUGGUCACUCGGAGAGGGAUAGGGCGUGUUUUAAUUCGCUCCUAGCGGCUAUCAUUAUCGAGCUGCAGUUGAACAAACCAAACGUCAAGGAGAUUUGUACCAGGUCAAACCAGAAGGAGGUACAGUUAGUGUUGAUGAAGCUCUUGAGUGUGUUUAUGGGCCGCUGCAAAACCUCGAGUAGCGGUAGUACCGCUCCGUCAACCAGUAAGACUGUCGCGGUAGACAACUCGACCUUCGUCUCGCGCACCACAGCUACGGUACUCCACAAAGCUAACAUCAUCAGUUAUUGUAAUAGUUUGCUCGAGUCGCUUUUGUCGUACUGGACUUCCACCUCCCCUGAAGACACUAAGAGUACCGUUAGUGGUAAUUUACUCAAGGAACACUCGACCCGGUCACCCCCAGACAUGACCCCGUUCUUCAUGAAGCAAUUCGUCAAGGAAAACGGACCCGACUUUUUCAGUACUUAUCCAGAAAUCCUUACCGAAAUGGCCUUGCGCUUACCCUACCAAGUCCACAAGUAUUCGGAGAUCACCGAGCCUAUUAAUACCGCGUUCGACGACUCGUGGUACCAAUAUCUAUGCGAGUACAUGAUGACGUCGCAGGUGCCUUCGGUCCGACGCCAAGUCCGCAAACUGCUCCUCUUCAUUUGUGGCAACAAGGAGAAGUACCGGUACCACCGUGACCUCCACGCCUUGAACAAGCACCUAAAAGGCGUGAUCGACUGUUGUGUCCGCGGUGGGUACGAGUCCGUCCAGGAGGUCCACCACUCCUUAUCCCUCCCGUACGACAUUCUCGUCGACCUAGUUGAACACUUGAAGAGUUGUGUGGAGAUCGCGGUCAACCGUACCGGGAACUGGCAGCGGUUUUGCAUGCAACAAGACACGAUUUUGCCAUUCUUGAUCCAAAUGAGUUGUUUGUUAGACGAAGGAGUCGCCCCGACUAUUCUACAUUUGUUGCAAUGCGCGAUCGCCGGUAACAAGAAACCGAGCGAAAGUACCAAACAGAGUACCUCGAGGAAGGAGCGGGAGAAAUCGGACGACAGUGCCGCCGAGGCGCUCUUCGAAGAAGCGAAUUGUGUGGCGUUGGUAGACCAAAUCAACAAACAAGUAUCCAAAGAGGUAUUCGCGAGAUUCAUCAAAACGUUCAUGUUGGAGACGAACACGACGAGUGUGCGCUGGCAAGCGCACACCUUGAUUUUAGCGAUUUAUAAAAACUCGAAGCCCGGUGAGCAAGAGUCACUGCUCGAGUUGCUGUGGCAACUCUGGCCCUUGAUUCCUAAUUUCGGGCGAAAAGCGUCACAGUUCGUGGACUUGCUGGGCUACUUUUCGUUGAAGUUCUUCCAGACGAACUUCGUGGUACCGCAAGUGACCGAGUAUGUAGAGAAGGCCGUCAGUAUUCUUACGGCGCAGAACGAGCUGAUCGCGCACCACCCCAACGCGAAUCUGUACGCCCACAUGAGUCAGUUCGUGGAGUUGGAUGGGUACUACCUCGAGUCGGAGCCGUGCCUAGUUUGUAACAACCCAGAAGUGUCCUUUUCCACCAUCAAACUAAGUUCGUUGAAAGUCGACUCUAAAUUUACUACUACGACUCAAAUCGUGAAACUGCUGAGCAGUCACACGAUUAGCAAGAUAACGGUGAGGAUCGGUGACUUGAAACGGAGCAAAAUGGUGCGCACUAUUAACAUUUAUUACAAUAAUAGGAGUGUGCAGGCUGUGGUCGAGCUCAAGAACAAACCCGCACUGUGGCACAAAGCCAAAAAGGUGGCGGUGCAGUCGGGUCAGACCGAAGUCAAAAUCGAGUUCCCGCUACCCAUCGUCGCGUGUAAUUUGAUGAUCGAGUACGCCGAUUUUUACGAGAACAUUCAGGCGUCGAGCGAGACUUUGCAGUGUCCGAGGUGCAGCGCCGCGGUCCCUGCGAACCCUGGCGUGUGCGCGAACUGCGGCGAGAACGUGUUCCAGUGUCACAAGUGCCGGGCCAUCAACUACGACGAGAAGGACCCGUUCUUGUGCCACGCGUGCGGUUUCUGCAAGUAUGCGAAGUUCGACUUCACGCUUCUAGCUAAACCCUGCUGCGCCAUCGAGUCGAUCGAAAACGACGACGAUAGAAAAAAGACCGUGAGCAACAUCAACUCGUUGUUGGAGAAAGCUGACCGUGUGUACAAACAACUGAUUGCGAAUAAACCCAACCUGGAGACGCUAGUUUUGAAAAUCACGGAACAUCGGUCUGAUCGCAAACAAGACGAAACUAGUGGUACCACGAGUAGUACUAGUGCACCGACUGUAACGACUGGGGUUCAGGUUAAAGUUAACAAGACGAUUCAGAUGUUGGCCCAGCAGUAUUGCAACGAAUGCAAGACGUCGUUCGAAGAGUUGAGUAAGAUCAUCCAGAGGGUGUUGGUAUCGAGGAAGGAGUUAGUGGCUUAUGAUCGCAAACAUCGUGAUAUCGUGUGUCCGAAGAGUACCCCGUUGCCCAAGCAAGGUGAACCCAGUCAUUGUGUGAAUACCCGUUGUUACGGCUGCUCGACGGCCGCCACCGAGCAUUGCUUGACCCUACUGAGAGCCCUGGCUUCCAAUCCCACGACUCGCGAAAUCCUGUGUUCGAAGGGUUUGAUCCAAGAACUCGUCUGGAAUAACCUGCGCAAAGGGAGCAUCCAAAUCCAGGAAGAAGUCAAACAGCUCUUGUGUGUUCUAACCCGUGAUAAUUUACAAGCUACCGAAGAACUUUGCAACUUGUUGAUGGAUAGAAUCACGUUGAGUUUGAACGAGCACGUGAACAGUAGUGACCUGGGUACCAGUGUUAGGCACGAAGUCUCUCUACUCGCGGCGAUGGUCCAAAAGGAAGACGAAUGUUGGGAGCUGAAGCUCCGCUGCAUGAUGAAACUAUUCCUGAAGGCUUGCCAGAACUCCAAGAGUCCCUUGGUCAUGGAAUCCAUAAUCCUACCCUGUCUCAAGAUCUUGCAAGGGUUAAUGGUCAAAGUACCCGAAGGUGGUGGCAAAAAAACUAAAGACAAAAACAAUACCUUCAAAGAACUGUCGGGUACCACCGUGGAUGUCUACAAAUUCCUGGAUAAAAAACCCGGGCACACGUUCGCCGAUUGGAAGGCCCGGUUUCCGCAGAAGUCCGACUCCGUCAAGGAACUACCGAGCGGGAAGAAAGAGAUUCGUGGCUACUAUUUGACCGAAAAGUACGUCAAGAGGUGGCGACGCAACAUGAAGAAAAACCGCGGUUUGCACCAACUCGACUUAGACGACUCAACCUGGCUUAAGUCGGUUCUUUUUAACACGAGUUCGCGCCUGGCACGCCAGGUGGCGUGCAGUAUAGUCGAACUUAUGUGUAAUAGUCCCGAACGCAAAAAAGAAAUUCUGAUACUUCUAACCUGCUUCCUGGAGGAGUUGGGCAAUGCGGGUGAGAACUCCGCCGAGUUCCUCAAUUUGUACCAAAGUUUGAUCCAGGAGGCACCGUGGAAGCAGUUUUUAACCAUCCAAGGAGUAUUAGUAGUUCUCGCCGACUUGAUCACGAUGGAAAUCGAACAACUGCACUACCUAGAAGCUACGACUUUGACUUCGGAUUUGGCACAAGGCUACGCCUUGAAUCAACUAACCGAACUCUUGGCGUCGUUCCUCGACGACACCGCCAUCCGAAGACAGUACAAAGGUCGACUAGUGGGUGCCGUACUCAACGGGUACUUAUCUCUACGUCGCUUGGUGGUCCAGCGUACCCGUCUCAUCGACGAUACUCAAGAAAAACUCCUAGAACUGUUGGAAGAAAUGACCACGGGGACUGAAGAAGAAACCAAAUCUUUCAUGGCUGUGUGUAUCGAGACUGUUGAGAAGCACAACGUUCAGGAUAUGUUGACUCCGGUCUUCAUUUUUGAGAGGUUGUGUUCGAUUAUUUAUCCCGAGGAGAACGAUGUGGAUGAAUUUUUUUUGACGUUGGAGAAGGAUCCGCAGCAGGAGGAUUUCUUGCAAGGGAGGAUGUUGGGGAAUCCCUAUUCGAGUUCGGAGCCGGGAUUGGGGCCCCUGAUGCGGGAUGUCAAGAACAAGAUUUGUCAAGAUUGCGAGCUCGUUGCCUUAUUGGAGGAUGAUAACGGGAUGGAGUUGCUGGUUAAUAACAAGAUUAUUAGCUUGGAUCUUCCGGUUAAGGAUGUUUUCAAAAAGAUCUGGGUGGCUGAAGGCGGCGACCACGACGCCAUGCGCGUCGUCUACCGAAUGCGCGGCCUCCUCGGCGACGCCACCGAAGAAUUCAUCGAAACCCUCAACAACAAGUCCCAGAGCACCGUCGACAACGAAGAGGUCUACAAAAUGGCGAACGUCUUAGCCGACUGCGGCGGUCUAGAAGUAAUGGUGAAGCGCUUAGGCGCGAUCCAGAACGUCUGGCGGGCCAAACCCCUCCUCCAGGUCAUCCUCAAGCUCUUCCGCCUAAGCAUCAAGGUGGUAAAGUGCCAGGAGGUCCUAAUCCAGCCGAAACUAGGAGCCAUGGAGGUGUUCCUGCGGACGCUUCAGUUGUGCCUUGAUAGCGAGCCCGACGCCAGCCAGGCGGCGGUGACCGAACAACUUUUAGAUAUUAUGGAGGCCGUGCUUUCCAAGGCCACUAGCGAGUCGCUGGAGAAGUUCACCAAGUUCAGUCAGACUUUCGGCGGGCCGGAGUACGUCCGGUCGCUGUUGACGUGCACCACGCACCCGAGCGUCAGGAACAAUCAGGCGGUUUUGGUUCAUUUAACGCGAGUUUUGGCGGCGCUGGUGUACGGAAACAAAGCCAAGAUGCAGAUUUUGAUGGACUACUUCAAACCGGUUCUGGAUUUGAAUAAGUACGAUUACGAACAUACGACUGAGGAUCAGCAGAAGUUGGAGAUGUUGUGCGUUUUGACCAACGGGAUUGAGCGAAACGCCAUUGGGAAUACGCUGAAGGAUCACAUUAUUUCGUUGGGGAUAGUUAAAGACUACUUGGAGUAUAUUACGAUGCACGCGCCUUGCGUUAAGCCGACUUUACUCAGGACGGACAGCGACGAAUUGAAGGACUUUAUUUCGAAACCGGCGCUCAAGUAUUGUUUGAGGUUCCUUACUGGUCUGGCGCAUAGCCACGAGAACACUCAGUUGGGGGUAGCUGCGGCCGAAACUAUUCCGAUCAUCCACCGACUGGAACAAGUAUCGUCGGACGAGCACGUGGGGUCUUUAGCAGAGAAUCUCCUCGAAGCUCUGUGUACCAACCCUAGUGUGGCUAAACAGAUCGAGGAAGUCCGGGAGUUCACCCGUAGCGAGAAAAAACGGCUCGCGAUGGCUAUGCGCGAGAAGCAACUGGGCCAACUGGGCAUGCGCACCAAUGACAAAGGUCAGGUGACUGCUAAGUCCGCCAUCUUGCAACAAAUCGAGGAACUGGGUGAAGAAACAGGUCUUGUGUGUUGUAUAUGUCGGGAAGGGUACAAGUACCAACCGACCAAGGUACUAGGGAUUUAUACUUUCACUAAGCGGUGUAACGUCGACGACUUCGAAGCCAAGUCGCGUCGCACCGCCGGCUACACCACCGUCAGUCACUUCAACAUAGUCCACAUCGACUGCCACAUGAGUGCCGUUCGUUUAGCCCGAGCCCGAGACGAGUGGGAAUCCGCCGCCCUCCAAAACGCCAACACCAAAUGCAACGGCUUGCUACCCUUAUGGGGCCCCCAGGUUCCCGAAUCCGCCUUCGCCAGCUGCCUAGCCAGACACAACACCUAUCUACAAGAAAGCACCAACCAUAGAGACAUCGGUCACAACUCCACCAUCCACGAUCUAAAGCUACUUCUCUGGCGAUUCGCCCAGGAGAAGUCGUUCCACGAGGACACGGGCGGCGGCGGACCCCAGAGCAACAUGCACAUGGUCCCCUACAUCGUGCACAUCGCCCUCUAUGUGAUAAAUACCACCCGCGUGAGCAAGCGGGAGGAAGGUAGCCUUAUGUCGUAUCUCAAGUGCUCCAACGAGGAAAGGUGGGUCGAGUCGGCGUACGAAGCCGAAGGGCCGCUGUUCUGGGCCACGAUGUCGAUACUUCUGCAUUCGUUGCAGCAGUGGAAUGCGCAUAAGUUGGGGCAUCUGAAGCGGCUCGUGCUUUUGGCGCAGGCGAGGCACUGUCAUCCGUCCGGGCCGAAUAAACUUUUGGCUGAUAGAGGGCUGAAGGAGUACGCGGUGUAUAAGCCGUAUUUGGUCUUCUUCGGAUUGGUUGAUGGGAUUUAUAGCUAUUUCUUUAAGAACGUAACCGGGUCAGAGGAGCAGUGGUCUACGAAUUUGGCCGACUAUAUACGGCACAACGACGAGGCGUUGAUGAAGGCGUCGGAGAAGUUGUUGGCGGCGUAUACCGAGGAGUUACUACCUUGCACUUCCUUUUCAGAAUUCUGUGAUGUAACAGGUUUAUUGGAUGUUAUAACGAAUCCUGACACCUAUAUAAGUGAUCUUCUAAAGGAAUUAUCUUAAUAAUUUAAAAUAAUAAAUAACGAGUUUAAAAUAUGAAAAGGCUGUAUUUAUUUUGAGCUGUAUGCUUACACCUAGUGUUAAUUUUCGUGAGUCAUUUAAUUAUUGCUUAUGAAUGGAACUUUAGACUAACUAAAUUAUUGUACCUAUUUCAUUUAAAAUUAUAAUAAAAUAAAUAGUAAAUA